UUGUCCGCCCGAGAUUUAUUUCGCGAGCAUUUAAUAAAAUGUUAAGAGCCCAAUUACAGUUACAUUUAACCAAACCUUGCCUAAGCCCACAGAUAUAUUGAAAUUUCUCAAGGCAGGUCCAGACAGUAUCUAUAACAUAAACAACAACAAUACGACUACCCUUAAGACAUCCGUCAUAGCGACACAAGGUUAAUUAAGACCCCACAUGUUGCAAAUGUGGCCGACACUAAAGUAAACAAAAUGAAUAUACUCUGAGUGCAUCAUUCUUGUAUAUAUUGUCGUGUUUACUCGACAUUAUCUUGGCUUCGGAAUGCUGUGCUUCGACUCAGAAAAGAUGAACUGGUAUUAUCAUGUACUGGCACGGCGACCAUAUCUUGUGGUCGUCUCGAUUGCUGUUUAUUGUGUGGCCUGCAUCAUAGUGGCAUUCAUACUAAACGAUUUGCCAGAUUUUAGUGACCCAGCAUUGGGAUUUGAGACGCGAGGCACCGAAAUUGGAAAACGACUGACUGCUUGGCAUAAUCUGAAUCAGGAGAUUGACGGCAAUGGUAUAUUAUUCUCGAAUCCUUCACAUCUACUGCAAAAAAUUCAAUAUGAAAAGACAAGAGGAGUGCCCAGGCAUCAACAUCCAAAUCAUAGGCGCCACAAAGAUCAACGUCGAAAGCAUAAAAACAAUAAGCGUCGCAAAGAACAGCAGAAUAAGAACGAAAAUAGCGGUGUGGCGUACAAUAUGAUGAUCAUCAACAAGCGACUAAAAGCAACAAAAUCUCCGCUAAGCGAUAAGUGGAUGGGCGACAGUGGGGUGUUCCGGGAUUUUGAGGUGACUAAUGAUAGUAUCCCCUCCGUGCUGGAGCCAACCAGACAGAGUGAGCCGAUCGAAUAUGGCCAUAAUACUACUUUCGUCGAUGAGGAUGAACACCGUGAGCGCGUUCAAACUAAGAAAAGCACUUGGCGCAUGCUAAAACAGGCCUCCUUACCCUACGACGGUUGGUCUAGUUCAAGAGUUCGCCAGCCCAUUGAAGGCUUCUUUUGUGAUUCCUCACCGCACAAGGCAUACUCACAUUUUGUGGUGAAGCGCAUUGGUCCGAAUGCUACAGACUCAUUAUUUGAUCUUAAUGGCAUGUUGGCUAUGUGCCAGCUACAAGAGCAAAUCAGUGCUGCGCCUAGUUACCAGGCAUUCUGUGAGCCUGAAACCAAUUGUUGCCGGCCUUGGUCACUUCCCAACUAUGCCACACUGCUGGCCAAUAAGAGUUCAUGCUUUGAUCUGAAUGCAGACGAUGUUUCAUUACUGCACUCACUGCUGUUCAGUUGCUAUGAAUAUUAUCAUUUACUAAAGCUAGACAACAAUUGUAACGAAGUAAAUCGCUGUUAUGCUCCAGAGGAAUGCACGCGCAACAAUUUGGUAUUUAAUGUACUAAACUUUCUCAGCGACUAUAGCUUUAUCAAGCCAAAUGACACAACUGUUUAUUUGAGAUACGCAAUGAUUUUUGUGCCUGUUACUCGUUCCAAUCGUAUUCUUCCACUCUUUCAUGAAUGGCAACACGUACCUCUGAGAAAUGAAUUGGUGGAAGUUGUUGCUAUGGAUUUGGGUUUGGAAAAUGAGCUAUUUAACGAGCUGUUACUAACGGACGUGUGGCUGGUAUCACUAGGUGGACUCUUCGUUAUGGCCUGCGUUUGGUUAUAUACAGGGUCAGCGUUUAUAACUUUGAUGUCAUGUUGUGCCAUUUGCUUCUCGUUGGGAUUAGCAUACUUUGCCUACACAGUGGUUUUUGAGUUUAACUUCUUUCCAUACAUGAAUCUGCUGGCCAUUGUGGUUAUCAUUGGCAUUGGUGCUGAUGAUGUGUUCCUGUUCCUUAAAAUUUGGCAAUGUGUGUUGGCCGAGCGUUUCAGCAAGAGCAGCACACUGAACACACAAUCAACAUUACCCACGCCUUUGGAGCACAAUGAGCAUACUGAAACAUUGGAGAAUCUCAUGGCGCUAACCAUGCGACAUGCGGCGGCAUCUAUGUUUGUUACCUCGGUUACCACUGCCGGCGCAUUUUAUGCAUCCUAUAGUAGCUCCAUAACGGCAAUUAAAUGUUUUGGAAUAUUUGCGGGCACUGUUGUAGUGACAAACUAUUUGCUCAUGAUCACAUGGCUGCCCGCCUCGGUUUCAAUUAUGGAACGCCUGUUUGCUAGCCGUAUGUCCUGCCAGCAGCAUUUAUCACAAAAAUUGCUCAACGCCUGUAAGAAGUCAAUUAAUCGAUUUUGCGAAUUGUUCGAAGAGCGCAUUACUCAAAGCAUUAUGAACUAUGCAUACUUAUGGCUAUUUGUUUUUACCGUACUGGGGACUUUAAGUGCCCUCAUUGUGUUCUGGUAUCCGGGCCUGCAGCUGCCCCAAAAGCCCGAUUUCCAAUUAUUUGUUUCGAGUCAUCCAUUUGAAGUUUAUACAAGGCUGAAGCAUCUGUUUUGGUUUGAGAAGCCUCUACAAGGAGUGGAAAACUUCAAUAUGAGUAUGCGUUUCGUUUGGGGCGUACAAGCUCUGGACGAUGGCGACUAUACGAACCCAAAUUCGUACGGCAACUUGCACUAUGACAAUAAUUUUAAUAUAUCAAGCAAACCGGCACAGAUUUGGCUGAGAAACUUUUGCCAAAACAUACGCCAGCAGCCAUUUUAUCAGGCCACCUUUGGAUUUUUGCUGCCAAAUUGCUUCAUUGAGAACUUCAUAAGAUACAUGGAACGUAGAUGCAUUGAUGAAAUGGAUAGACGGAGAUUGGAUCGCACACCCUGCUGCGAAGCACAGUUUCCCUAUGAGCCACACAUAUUUGAGCAGUGUUUGCCCCAAUGCAUUUCCAAUUUGUAUGAAACCAGUUUUUAUCAGCACGGAAAAGCGGGUCCCAAAUUCGCAGCUGCACCCAGUCGAUCAGAUGAGUAUAGUGAGAGCAACAGUAAUGAGAGUUUAAGCAUAGAAACUACAUCCCCCCAACUGGUCGUAAAGGCAAUAAUCAUUGAGUUCGAUUCCACUACGGCUUACAGCACCCUCUACGCUAACAUCAAGUUGUUUUAUGAAACGGUUGAAAAUUGGUUUCAACAGCAGCUUAGCACGGCUCCAGCGGAAUUACGUGGCGGCUGGUUUAUCAGUGAUCUCAAAUUUUUCAAUGUUCAGGACACUCUUUCGCAUGACACGAUCACGGCUAUUAUACUGGCCAUGGGCGCUUCUCUUGUGGUCCUGCUAUGUUUCACACUCAAUAUAAUCAUUUCGAUUUAUGCUGUCAUAACUGUCUCGCUGACCAUAUUCAAUACUGUGGCAGUGCUUAUUUUACUUGGCUGGCAGCUUAACGUACUGGAAAGCAUUGCCGUGUCAACUGCAAUUGGCUUGGCUGUGGAUUUCAGUCUUCAUUACGGGAUACACUAUCGCCUGUCGCCCUCUAAGGAGCGCAAUGCAGCCACACAAUUUGUUUUGUCGCGCAUCAUCGGCCCAACGGUUAUGGCGGCAGCUACUACUGCCUUUGCCGGUGGCAUUAUGAUGACAUCCAACAUAUUGCCCUACAUACAGAUAGGCGUCUUUUUGGUAGUAGUUAUGGUCACUAGUUGGUUCUAUGCCACAUUUUUUUUGAUGAGCCUGCUCAAGGUAGCCGGACCGCAGUAUGGCUUCAUGCAGCUGGGCUGGCCUUUAUUACGCAAGCGUCGAACUGCAAAGGCGAACAAGUUUUAUGAACGUAAACCAAGUCGAAUAAUUGCCACUGAACAACUGCUAACACCCACCAGCUCAGCCAUUGUUGAAAUGGCCAAUUCGGAAACACAUGAACUGGAAUCGCUUAAUUCCAGCAAUCAGAUUAAAACCAUUUCAGGCACUGAAAGUGGUCAUGCGCCGCUCUCGCUGACUGAGAACUUUGAACACUCAUUUCAAACGCCGCACUAAUGCGGACUAACUUUAAAUUUGAAGAGAGCUUCUUGAUGCCUUUGAUAAGGGGGUGCAAAUAUAUGAAUUUUAAAAAAUUAUAUACAAUGGCAAAGCUAGAGCAGAAAAUAUAUACAAUUAUUAUGUAUAUGUAUAAUAAUACAUGUGUACACAUGGCGUUCAUGUUAGUGUUCUGUAUCGAUAUACCAUAGCUAUACAUAUAUAUUUAUAUAAACUCAUAUGUGCAACUACUUUGUUAGUAUUAAGCAUUAUUCAGAAAGUUAAUCAGUUUGCGCAAAUGUUUGCCACAUUUUUUACUUUGCUAAUUGACGAAGAAGAAGAGAUAAUGAACAAGUCAAAAUGAUUUGUACUUAUGCUUGAACAAACAUUUUCGCAAACUAGUUGGCAAUUUGAAUGACUAUUUAGUGUGCUAUUCCAAAAAGACUUCAAACAGUUGCAAUGCGCUUUUUUACUUAGUUGUUGUAACGUUUGGCGCUCACCUGAGCUAAGUGAGCUCAAAAAUUUGUAAACUGAAGCAAUUAGCGGAGAGUACUGGGUACGUCCAUAACUGUACGACUGCAUAAUGUCGGUAUUAUUAGUUUUUAGUGAAACAUUUAAUGAAAAAGAAAAAGAAAAAGAAAACAGAGCGCGUCCGCGUAAUCGUUUAUGUACUUGCGUAUUUAACUGUAAUCAAAACUAUUUAUACUCUGAAUUUUUAUUAGCUGUUAAAGCGGGCCAACUAUGUUGGUGCCGGCAUUAUAGUGUAUAUGAAUGUAUAUGUAAUUACCAUAUAUGGUAGAGCUAUGUACAUGUACAUCUAUAUAUAAUGUACUUUGAUGUACCAUAUGUGUUGUCUAUCCUAUUUAGUCGUAAUUGUUCAAAACACACACAGACACACAACACGCACAACACACUCACAUUUGUAAUAACCAUGUAACUGUGAUACAGAAGGUGACAAAUUGAUAAACUCAAAUUCUAUGUUUAUACAGGCCAUGAGAGUUACUAAAACAUCAUGACGUAUUGUACUUAACUACAA